UCGUAAAAUCUUACCAUCGUCCAGGAGAUCGUGCGUCUCCUGAAUAUCGAGCGGCCGUCGAUAUGUAAACAAGCGAUUUCCACUUCAGGGUGGACUCCACUUGCAAAAAGAAACUCGAUUAUGCACUAUACGAUGCAAGGAUGGCAAAGAACUCAUAAUUCGGGCAGGAGUUCGUGGAGUUCUGGCUGAAGUGAAUGAUCGUUUGGCAACAAAUCCGGACUUGGUACGCACUGCUCCUGAGAAUCAGGGUUAUAUUGCUAUCAUCACAUUUGGCGCUGGAAAACGGAAACCGGACGAGUUCGUCACUGAACUGCCACCAAAACGAGUUUAUCUGAAGAACUAUGAGAUAGAAAGCGAAUCAUAA